AUAUACUUUUAUAUAAUAUUAAACAAAAUGCAGAUGUAAAAUGGCAAAUUCCAUAGCACAGUUUCAGCUUGUAAAAGACUCAUGCGAUCACCUCCUGAUUGCCGUUAAAGAUGUGAGUGACCUGUGGCCUCUUGUCAAGGAAGGAUUUGAGAAACGGCUUCCGUUUAAAAGAGCUACAUUAAACAAUAAAACCCAUGAUCCGGUGUCCGUUAAUAACUUGCCAGCUGAGUUUACAUUGACUACAGAUUCAAGGCUCCGUGGUCAGGACCCUUUGUCCUAUUGUUUUCAACAACCAUAUGCAACUGUGGUUCUUGUGACAUGCGAGGAUUUAGAUGAGUUCAAGACGAGCCUAAAACCACGUCUGAAAUUGAGCUUGCAAAAUGAUGAUGAGUGGUUCAUUGUAUUUGUGUCCAAAGCUGCACCAGAUGAUGACCAAGCCACCAAAAUGGCAACAAAAGUUUAUGCCAGAGUUGAAGCGGAUUUCAACUCUAGAAGAAGGGAAAGAUGCAUCAAAUUUGAUCUCCUUGAACCCGAUGUAAUUGUUUGGGAUGAGUUGGAAUACAAACUCAUGGAAUGCGUCAGAAACACUCUUGAUAGACGCAUCCAGUUCUACGAGGAGGAGCUUCGUAAGCUCGGUGAACAACGUUUAAUGCCAGUUUGGAGCUUCUGUAAUUUAUUCAUUCUCAAGGAAAGCCUAGCGUUCAUGUUUGAGAUGGCUCAUCUUUAUGAGGAUGCAUUGCGGGAAUAUGUUGAACUAGAAUUCUGUUACUUGGAUGCAGUUAAACAUGCAGGUAAACAUGGGGACUUUGGAGGAACGGACCAUGGAGAUGAUCAAUCUGCCAUACUAAACCCUAGUAAAAAACAACUGGCACAGAUUGUUCAAAAUAGCUCUUUUAGGGAGUUCGAAUUUCGCCAAUACUUAUUUGCAUGUCAAGCAAAGCUAUUGUUUAAUCUAGACCGUCCAUUUGAGGUUGCAUCAAGGGGGUUUUCAUUCAUAGUUAGCUUCUCUGAAGCAUUGGCCCUGCAUGAGAGUAUUUUGCCCUUUUGUUUCAGGGAAGUUUGGGUCCUAACAUCGUGUUUGGAAUUGGUCAAAUCAACUGCUGUCCAUUACAGAGAUGGACCAGUGACACCGGAGAUACAAAAAGAGUAUUAUCGUGUACAGGGGGAGUUAUAUUCUCUGUCCAGAGUUAAGUUCAUGAGGCUUGCAUAUUUAAUUGGGUAUGGAUCUGAUAUAGAAAGAAGUCCAGUCAACAGUGCUUUACUUAGUAUGCUACCAUGGCCCAAACCGGCAACCUGGCCUUCAAUUCCACCUGAUGCAUUAUCCGAGGUUCCCUUAAGAGAAAAGACGAUUCUUCAAGCUACACCAAGGAUCAAGCACUUCGGUAUUCGGAGAGAACCGUUGCCUCUUGAACCCUCUUUUCUCCUGCACGAGACUAAUCGUCGAAGACCUUCUCAGUCUGCCGGAAAUCUGUUUGAAUGUGUUCCAUUCAUUUGGCUAACGAUGCGAUAUUCUGCCAGCUCAGGUUCAGAAGUUGAGACAUUUUCUUCUCCAGAAUCAUCUCCUACUUCUAUGUCAAGGACCACUUCUAUACCGGUGAACUUUGAGAGCUCGGUUGAUACCAUGAGACUUGCUGAAGCUAUUGUGGCUGCUGAACAUGCUCUCCGUAAAACUAUAUCUGAUCCUGGUUUGUGGAAAUCAUUAUCAUCUUUGGAGGAGUUUGAGCAAAAAUAUCUGGAACUAUCAAAGGGUGCUGCUGACAAUUAUCAUCUUUCAUGGUGGAAAAGGCACGGGGUUGUACUUGAUGGUGAAAUUGCAGCCACUUUACUUAAGCACGGUAAUUAUGAUCUAGCUGCAAAAUUAUACGAGAAAGUCUGUGCUCUUUACUCUGGUGAAGGAUGGCAAGAGUUAUUAGCAGAUGUGCUUCCUAGUCUAGCCGAAUGCCAAAAGUUACUUGAUGAUCAUCCUGGUUACUUAACAUCUUGUGUGAGAUUGCUUUCUCUUGAUAAAAGCUUGUUUUUGACCAAUGAACGCCAAGCUUUUCAGUCAGAACUAGUUCGUCUGGCACACAGUGAAAUGGAGGAUCCUGUGCCCUUAGACGUCUCGUCUCUAAUUACUUUUGCUGGAAAUUACGGGCCACCCAUGGAGCUGUGUGAUGGGGAUCCGGGCACAUUGCCUGUAACUUUAUGGAGCGAAUUUCCUGAUGACAUCACUCUAGAAUCACUUAGUCUUACCUUGACAGCUACCAAUAAUGCAGAUGCACGUGUAAAGGCAAUCAAGAGCUCUGAUGCAACGAUACUGAACACUGGGAGAAAUACAAUCACUCUUUCUUUGCCCCCUCAAAAACCUGGUGCGUAUGUCUUGGGUGUUCUUACAGGGCAGAUUGGACAUUUACGAUUUAGGUCUCAUGGUUAUUCCAGAGGCGGGCCUGCUGACAGUGAUGAUCUUAUGAGUUUUGAUAAGCCAACUAGGCCUAUAUUGAAGGUGUUAAACCCAAGGCCUCUUGUUGAUCUUACGACUGCAGUUUCAUCUGCAUUGCUCUUGAACGAACCUCAGUGGGUCGGGGUUGUUCUAAAGCCAAUCAAUUAUGCCCUCAAGGGUGCAGUUCUGCACAUAGAAACUGGACCUCAGUUGAAGUUUGAGGAGUCGUGUUCUAUAGAAAUGGAGAAAUAUUCAAAUGGUGAUAGUGAUAAUUCUUCUGCUGAAUCUAAAGAGUUUGCUCAACUUACUCUUAAGAACGGUAGUAUAGACCUUCCAGACUGGGCAAGCAGUAUAUUUAGUGUUUUGUGGAUUCCCUUACGCGCCAUCAAGGAUGGGCUAUCAAGAGGAACAUCUGCAGGGGAACUGUCUUCCCAAAGGUCAGGCAUUAUUGAUGGAAUGAGGACUUUAGCUCUAAAACUUGAAUUUGGAGUGUCCCACAACCAGAUACUAAAAAGGACAAUGGCUGUUCAUUUCACUGAUCCAUUCAAUGUUAUCACACGUGUAGUUAAACAGGGCAGUGACGGUGCUUUGCUUUUGCAGGUGAUACUACACUCACAGGUUAAAGCCUCAUUAACUAUUCACGAUGCUUGGUUAGAUCUACAAGAUGGUUUUUCUCAUACUGCACAAGGUGAUGGGAGACCAACAUCUAACUUAUUCCCGCUUGUGGUUCCAGCAACAUCUAGAACGGGAAUUUUGUUUGAUAUAUCCAUGGGAGCUACAACCACUGAAGAUCAAGGGAUAAUGGUGCGUCCUGAUACAGUCUUAAACGUUAAAUAUGACAUUUCUGGCGAUAGAAAUAUUGGAUCUCAUAGCCCUUUAUCCCUGGCAACCAAAGUACAAGAGGAUAAUGUCACAAAGCUGUUGACAUUUACGAGUGUUCUUGUUUUAAAACGGCCUGUAUUGGAACCUUUGUUAGUAGUCGGCUUUGUUCCUCUUCCUUCAAAUGGUCUUAGAGUUGGGCAGCUAAUAACAAUGAAAUGGCUAAUCGAAAGGGUGCAGUAUCUUGAGGAGGAAAUAAUGUAUGAAGUCAAAGCGAAUUCAAAGAAUUGGAUGAUUGCCGGGAGGAAACGAGGCCAUGCCACGCUCUCCAGUAAACAAGGUUCAAAGAUUGAGAUUUCAAUGUUGUGUCUACCACUAGCUGCUGGAUAUGUUCGUCCUCCACAACUCGACUUGCAAAACAUCAACCGGGCAAAUAUUUGUUGCAAUCCUGCUGCUCCUCAUUUGGUGUGUGUCUUGCCUCCACCUCUGAGUUCGUCCUUUUGCAUACCCGCAUGAUGCAUGAGAACCUGAGCUCGCUGCUGUAUAUUUUUCCGGAAGUGUCUGCACUCUAUCACAAGCUGUAUUCCAGCAGGUCAUGUACAGAGAUGGCGCAGUCAGUUUUGCAUCUCAUAUUUUGUAGAGUUACAUCAUCACUUUCCCACUUACUAUUAUUUGGCAUGCCAUUUUACAUUUUGGUCUGCUGGGUAUGCACCUGAACUAAAAGGUGCCGUUUUCUCGGAAAAACAGCAAUAAACAAUAUCUUUAUGAGCAUUCUUUAAUUGAAACAGUUUUCACUUAGUGAUGGAAUCAAACGACAGUCUUUUAGUAGUAAAAAAGUUCUAACAUGCCACUGAGUAUGCUAAUUCUAUGACUGGGACAUCUUUGGCUAUAUCACAACAGU